AAUAGGACGGAGGCGAGGGCGGGCUCAGCGCGGUUAUUGGCAGUGCCGCGCCUUUAAAGAGGGGAGCCGGGUGGGGCGCAAGGGGGUUGGUGCGGGACGUGGCGGCGGAGAGGAGGGCGGGAGGCAGCGGAGCCAUGACCCGCGGGAACCAGCGCGAACUGGCGCGGCAGAAGAACCUGAAGAAGCAGAGCGACUCGGGCAAGGGCAAGCGGCGGGACGACGGGCUCUCGGCCGCCGCCCGCAAGCAGAGGGACUCGGAGAUCAUGCAGCAGAAGCAGAAGAAGGCCGACGAGAAGAAAGAGGGCGCCAAGUAGCCCGCGGCCGGGCCGCCCGCCGGCAGGAUGCCCUGCGCAGCCCCGGGGCCGCGCCGCCCCGGCAGCGCCCUGCGCCCACCUUGGGCCUGCCUCCUAUUAAAGUAGCUCGUGGAGCCCUGCAG